GCAUACUGCGUGAGCACAAACAUGCAGCGAGUUCUGUAGAACUGCUUGUCAAAGACAGAGUACAGGUGUAAAAGAUUUAGUAGACGUUUGUUUUCAGAGUAUAGUUUGGAUUGUCCUUGGUUAAACUUCACUGCCAUGGUAGAUCAAAAUUGCAGCUCCACUCAGCAAGCUUCACAGUUGGGUUUUUUAUCUAAGGAAUUACAAGCGACCUUAGGGGUUCUCAGUGCAGCGCUGAUCAUCUCACUGGCAUGGAAUAUUUUUUGUUGUGUAUCAAAAUUUGGCUCAGGAAAAUGGAGAUGUCCACUGAGAAGACGGCAAAGUCAGAGCUUGAGGCAGAUGGAAGAAAAUCCUAUUUAUGGAAACUUAAGCUACCUGCAAACAAGCGUAACUUAUUUAACAGAAGACAAUCGCCCUCACUCAUCACUCAGCUCUUCAAAUGGGAAGUAUCAGCGGAGAGUCAGAUCAGACUUACAGUCCAAAAACCACGACUGCUAUGCCAACCUGACCUUAAAGGGCCCCAGGCUGCAGGCUGGUCACAGCUGUCCGCAGAUACAGUACUCAGAUGUAAUGCAGUUAGGGGAGCCACCGGAGUCAGAGAAGGAGGAUGACGGUAACACGGACGCCCUCUCCACCGUGUCUGAUCUGUAUGCUUCCGUGCAAACUCAGCGAACAAAAACCAUUGACUCUGCAGACAAUGAGGAAGGCUAUGCCAACCAUCUCUGAGACGUGCACAGCUGCUGAUGCUGAGAUGACUCAAAUGGCUGUUUUUUUUCAGGCCCAAUCUGUCACCACAGGAUGUCAGUGUUUAUUAUUAUAUGAAAAAUGGAAACGCGUCUGUGCAGUUGUGAAGUAGAGAAGUGCUGCACUUCUCUGAUUCAUUGGCUUUCAAACUAGUUAACUAGCUAACAAGAGGACGGGACCCACAAUUUCAAACAAUUAUUAAUAAUAAACAGGAUCCGAGUGGAUUUUUACUUAAAUAAAGCUCAGAGUAAUAGCAUUCACAAAUUAAAAAGAAAAGAAAAUUCAUGUUCUUUUAACUCCCUGACAGUUUGAGAAUCACUGCUCUGCCUGAAUGUGAAAGUUUUAACAUAAAAUGUGUAUUUUAUGUAACAUUUCAAUGACAUUUUUUGGUGGACUUGUUUUUUGAUGGUGCAUUUGAAAGCUAAUUAAGUACAACAUCUCUAUUUUUGUUUUUUUGUUUUUACAAAAUGACACAGUAAUUAAUUUUGUAAUAUUUGCUCUAAUAAAAUAAAUGAUUAUCUAAGAGUGCUCCAGACAAGCUUUUGUAUGCUUAACAAUAUAUUCCACUUAUAAUAAGUGAGUAAGUAGUUUUUUGACACUUGCUUUUCAAGUCAUAGCACAUUUAAUAUUGUGUAAUAAAUCCCUUUUCUUCUCUUUGCUUUUAACUUGGUAAGAAUUCUUUUAACACAACUUUCUUCCGCUGUGUCAAUGUUUAACCCUGUGAAAUGAAUGGGUCACUGAAAAGACCUAAAGCAGUAUAAAAACAACAACACAGAAAUAAAAUGCAAAAGAAAUUUUACUUUGUGUAAACCAAGAAUUAAUAUCAGUUACCAUCACUUAAUUUCUUUAAUCUCCUUUGGUUGCGACAUUAGGCUUCUUGGAUUAAAGGUCACUUAGGUCUGUACUUUGCAUUUAUCGGAGAGCCUUAUUUAAGGCAGUGGUAGCAUUUACCCUUUGAACAAUCAAUGCUUGAGAUAAGAGUUUCUAAGAGCUAAUGGUAAUUGCAGUACAGUUGAAAAAUUAUCAUCCAUAAGAGUGAGCCUCACGGCUUCCAUUUAUUUUAAGUAGGUGCUGCUCAUCAAAUGUAGUGUUUUCACUGACCAUCAGCUAGUGGGGCUACCUCUAUAAAACCAAAUGCUAUGAAAAUGUGCUGGUCUAGAACAUUCAGGUUUGUGAUAACAUAAUCUUCCCAGGAGUGGACAUCCCAUCAAACUCACAACGCGGUCAGACUGUGCAAGCUUCAGAGAAACUGCAUGUCACUCUACAGGUAAAAGCUUCCUGUUUAUAAAAACAAUGCAGCAGCCACGUUGCUUAGCUUUGCAAAGCUGCAUCUGAACAAACCACAAGACUUGUGGAACAAUGUUAGAUACUUAAUGCAUAGCGCCACAUUUGGAGAAACCCAAACACAGCAUGUCAACACCAAAUCCUCACAUUAACUUCUCACAGUGUGCAAAGUCAAACUGUGUGGAGUGCAAGUAGUGGACCCAGGUGCAGACAAACCAACGUGUGGAAACCAACUUAAUAGGAACAAAAAGUGAGCCGUUUAAUUAGGCUGAUAAAAAGGUACAAAAACAAAAAGCAGAUACACACUGGAGAGAAACUAACUAGAACUGUACUGGGAGAAAGUAAAUGCUAAACACAAAAGACAAAGAACAAAACCUGAACACGGAAAACUCGGAAAACCCUGGAGGCAUGGAAACAUGUCGAGAACAACAGAAGACCAGACAAAGACUGAACGAGAAAACACAAACUAAAUACACCCAGGAGGAUAAUGAAGGAAUGGGGAACAGGUGGGAACAUAGCUGGGACAAAUCAGACCUAAUGAGACAUGGGGAAGAAAAACUAGACACACUGCGCAUAGGACAAGGACUUUCACUAUAAAACAGGAAACAGCAUGGAAUGCAGACAUGACAACACAAACUUGCUAACAUAAAACAUGCAAACAUGAAACAAAGGGUGAGGGAAACUUAAAUACAGGGGUAGUAAACGCAAGGGGAAUCUAAUAAACAAAUGAACUUAGCUGAGCUAGUCAACUUCAAAAUAAACUAAAACUUGACCCAGGAACGUGACAUAACUGUCACCACAUUGGUGAUAGUGGUGAUGAUUUUGACUUGUUUUUUCAGCCAGUCGACUAUGAACUCUUCUGUAUACCAAGGUAUUCUUGAGUCAAAGGUGAGAUCAUGGACAGUUGAUCCCAAGAAUAUCAACAAAUCUAGGCAGGGACAAGUAUCAGGGAUGAUUCGUGACAAGGGGACGAUUUGAGGAUAGCAGCAAGUGUGAAAAGGAAUGUUUACAAGAUGCUAGUGAGACCUGCUAUAAUGUACUUUUUGGACACAGGAGCACUGACAAAAAGAUAUGAAGCAGAGCUGGAGGUGAAGGUGUUAAGAUUUCAGUUGGGAUUGACCAGAAUGGCAG